AAAAAUUAUAUACACAUUCAAAGAAGGUGGCCGUUACUUGACGAGGGAAGUUGAUAUGAGUAAUAGAAAAUAAAUUAAUUAUUGAUUCUAAAUAAUUAAUUUAUUAAGAUUUAAUAAAUUAACUCGUUUGAGUGGUAAUUAAUUUGGUAGUAAAGACGUGAAAUAUGAAAACUGGAGGAGCAAACGUAGCCACGGCACAUUCGGAAAAUUUGGAGCACGACAAAUCUAAAAAAGCACUACAAACUCUUCAACCCGCAGCCAAGGACAAGGAGAACCUUGUUGGCAGACAACUGAGAUCCAGAACGCCUGCCCAAGGUCUCGUCAAGGAUGAGAUGUCAGCAAAAACUAAAAAAGAGGCUCCACAAAAAGACAAAAAAACAAAAAAACUAACAUUUAAAGACAAAGCAUGCCAGACUACCAGAGGAAAUAAAAUUCAAAUUGAAGUUGAAGAUUUGACAUCUGAAGCUGGUCCAAGUGAAAAUUAUUGGGAAGUAUUAGCGGAAAGACGACGUAUUGCUUUGGACGAUGCUUUAGAAGAGAACCAAGAACUGACUCAACGUAUUGCUAAACUCGAAGAAGAGAAGAAAAUAUACAAAGAGAUGCUUGACGAAACUCGAGCACUUGUCGAAGUGCUUCAGGAAAUGGUUGGAGAAGAUCGUAGCGACAUAAAUAAUUCGCUCGAAGACACUCUUUGAUAACAAUAAGAAUCAAACCUAAUUUAUUUUUU